ACCGUGGCUCUGUCAGAAUGUCAAAAUAGAAAUUGCAACGCCGGUGAAUUUUGUUUUUAGUGCGAAUUUUGCAAUUUUAAAAUGAGCAAUAAUUACAAACAACUGUACAAGAAGAGCGUAGAUCUUGGCGAGCAGCAAAAACUACGCCAACAACAGUUUCUCUAUGAACAAAAGAAGCGACGACAAUUGCAACAAGAUGUGCAUCGGCACGUAAAAGACUCAGACUCUGACGAAGAUGAGCAAGAGCAGGGAACAUCCAGCGUACAGUGUAAAACGCAACAGAAAAAACGCAGGCAGCGCAACAAGAAUACCAAGAUCAACAACAAUGGUAGCAAGACCCCACAUUUGAGGCUGCAGCAAUCAGAGUGGCUGCGCCAUCGUCCCGACAACUUAUGCGAUUGGCUGCUCUUGCCCUGUCCGGUGGGCAAACGCUGUUUGGUUAUGGCCAGCAACGGCCGCACGAAGAUCUACAAUAAAGCAGGCCGCAUCAUCAUGCAGCUGCGUUCACUGCUGCCAGGCGAUGGUUACGUGCAGAAGUUCAAGACUGUGCUGGACUGCGUGUAUGUUCAGGAAUUAGAUACAUUUUAUGUGCUGGAUGCGCUUUCGUUUGGUCAGCAGCAGUUGCUCGACUGUGAUGCAAAUUUUCGGUUCUUUUGGCUGCGCUCGCGCUUCGAUGAGCACGGCGAGCUGAACGAGCGUAGCAAACGCAAUGAGAAACCCUUCAAGUUGCUGGACUACUAUGACUUUGAGGAUGCCAGCGCCGUGGAGCAAGCGUUGCAACGUUAUCCUCAAUGGGAGGGCAAUCAGCCACAGCUGGACGGUCUGCUGUUCUAUCACAAGGAGGCCAGCUACACCUGUGGCAGCACACCCUUAGUUUGUUGGCUAUUCGCCUAUAUGUUGCCCGAUGUGCUCAGUCUGCCAGUGCACAGCGGCUAUGAAGCUCCAGAUGAUUAUCUGCCCAGUGCAGCGCUCGAAUAUAUGGAUGAGUUUGACAAGAAGUUGCUGGCACAGCGACAGCAGUUUAAGAAACCUGGCAAAGCAAACGGGACAGCUAAAGAACUAGCUGCAGCUACAGUUGUUGCUGCGGAUGCAACUGCCAUGGAUCAAGACGAUGAGAUGGCGGAAUAUGCUGAGUUGCGUAAUCUGUUAGAUCAUCAGCGACGUCUGGAGCUUGGUGAACUGGACAUGGACUGUAGUCCGGCAGUGACAGCGCCAGCACCAGCACCAGCACCAGCACCAGAGCCAGCACCAGAGCCAGCACCAGCACUAGAGCCAGCACCAGCACCAGAGCCAGCCGUAGCUGUCAGCAGUAGCAGCUGUUGAACGUUUUCUUC